UAUUUAUCUCUAUUAUCAUUUAAUAAUCAAACGAAAAUUCCCUUGUUGUAUUCAAAAUUAGAAUGUUCCAUUGAUGACGUAAAACACACACUUAGAAACAUUCAUUAAGACUUAUAAAACUUGUGUGCUCAGUUAUUACAUUCUAUUGGGAGUGUCAAGUUGCCUCGAGAUUAUAAGACACAAUUUGUACAACCACACACACACAAAAUCAAAUUGUCUCUCCAGUGUACAAAUUCUCUAUCCCCUUUUUAUCUUCUUUUUUCUAAUAUAAAAAUUGAUUAACCCAUUCUUAUAAACUUAGAUUGAUUAGGCAAUCAGUUCUCAUCAUGGCACUCAGACACUUUCUCAGGAACGUGAAUAGUGUUCGUUCAGUUGUUAAUGCACUGGAGGAGAGAUCUUCGUUAUUAUCGACAAAUUAUUUAUUAUUGAAAAAAACUACUAAUCAGGAUAUUAUUAAUAAUUGUGAAAUGUCGACAUUGUCGUCGAGUAAGAUUGUUGAUAUGGUUGUGCCAAAGGAAGAAGUCGAAAGAUUUAUCAGUGAAUGUAUGAAGAAAGCUGGAACAACAUCCGAGGAUGCUGAUACGGUUGCACAUCAUUUAAUGACUGCUGAUUAUCGGGGACAUUUCAGUCAUGGAUUAAAUCGAAUGACAAUGUAUGUUCAUGAAAUUAAUCAGAGAAUCACUGAUCCAACUGCAAAACCGGAAAUUAUCACUGAUUUUCAGGCCACGGCUCUAGUAUGUGGACACAACGCUCUGGGUCAGGUGGUCGGAAAAUACUGCAUGGAACUUGCAAUCGACAAAGCGGAACAAUUCGGAAUAGGAUUGGUGACCGCGAACGGUUCGAAUCACUACGGAAUUUGCGGAUACUACACCAAAAUGGCAAUGCAACGGAACAUGAUCGGUUUCACGUGCACCAACACCAGUCCCCUAAUGGCGCCAACGCGAAGUGCCCGCGCAGGUCUCGGCACAAAUCCCCUGUCGCUAGGUAUGGCAGGUUCGAAAAAUGAAGAAUUCGUCCUCGACAUGGCGACAACGGCAGUGGCUUUGGGGAAAAUUGAACUGGCGAUGAGAAAGGAGGUGAAAAUCCCCGACGGUUGGGCUUUGGAUGCAAAUGGACAACCGACGACUGAUGCUCAUGUCGCUUAUGAUAAUGCACUUCUAAUGCCUCUCGGUGGUACUGAAGAGAAUUCGGGUUACAAGGGUUAUGGUCUCGCUACAAUGGUGGAGAUUUUGUGCGGUGUCUUGAGUGGUAGUCAAUUUGGACCAAAUAUCAGGGCCUGGAGGAAGAGUGAAAAAGCUGCCGAUUUGGGACAUUGUUUCAUUGUCAUCAAUCCGGAAGUGUUCUGUCCAGGAUCUAAGGAUCGAUUGACGCAACUCGUUCAACAAUUGCGGGAUCUUCCGAACGUUGAUGAUGAGAAGCCGAUUAUGGUCGCUGGUGAUCCGGAGAGAAAUUCGAUGGCGAAAGUUGAUGCUAAUGGUGGUAUCGCGUAUCAUGAGAAUCAAAUUAAACACGCCGAGGAGUUCGCUAGGGAAAUUGGUGUUGAACCUAUGAAACUAAUUCCGAAAAAGGCUGAUUGUUGAUAUUAAACUUUUGUUUUAAAAAAAAAUCACAAAUUCUCUCUGACCUUUUACUUUUGGACCGUGUGUUCAUUUUGUACAGAACGAAAACAAAAAGUACACAAAAUACUGAAUAGUGUUUCAAAAAUUAGAAAUUUGUAAAGACUGUACAUUUUUUAAUGAUCCGUUCAUAUUUUCCUGUAUUCACGUAUUUUCCUAAAUCGAAAUUUCUGUCAAAAAGAACUGCAAUGUCAUUGUUGUAUAAUAUAUUUGUAAUGUUACAUAUUUAUUAGUCUGUUAAAAUUUUAUAAAAAAAUAUAUUUUUCUGCGAA